UUUUUAAAUCCAACCCUUCUGCGACAUCUCCAUCACAACGGAGCCAGGUCGCCGCUGCGUAAUUCCUCUUGGCCCUCGGGGGUUCACCGUCACUCAGAAACAAAUACGUGAUGCGCAACGCGACGAGACGUCGUUCUCUUCCACGCGUCGUGUCCUUGUUUCAGUAACUGUAGGGUUGCGCCAACGGCAGAGGAUGAAGAGUUUCCUUAAGUUCCCUAUGUUCUUUGGUCGGUCGUCUGUCUCCGUCACUCUCCGUGGAGCCGGCGGGAAUGUUUUCGCCAAUAAACAGGGCCUCUGCGACUCUGAAAGGUGAACAAGAUUGGAAGAGCCUUGAUUUUUCCGGUAGUUGAAUUGGCACUAGCAUGUUAAGUACUUCCCCUCCCAAUCAUCCUCCUUCAAGUCAUGGCAGCAAGACCUCUCCGUCUCAUCUCUAGACGACCACCACCUAAGUUCCUAUUCAUCAUAUUCCUGAUACUUAUUCCCAUCUGUGUGAUUGGAAUUUUCACCUAUGGCCAGAAAAUAUCCUAUUUUUUCCGACCACUUUGGGACAGGCCCCCGCCCCCUUUCAAAGUUCUCCCACACUAUUAUGCAGAAAACGUAUCAAUGGACCACCUUUGCCGCCUCCAUGGCUGGUCGUUGCGCUCCGAACCCCGCCGUGUUUUUGAUGCCGUCAUCUUCAGCAAUGAAUUGGACAUACUGGAGAUCAGGUGGCGCGAGCUUUAUCCCUAUGUCACAAAGUUUGUAAUCCUCGAGUCCAAUUCCACUUUCACAGGCAUUCCCAAACCUCUCUUCUUCGAUUCAGACCAGGCCCGAUUUGCUUUUGCCAAGGAAAAGAUUGUCCAUGAUGUAUUCUAUGGCCAAAUAGCAGCUCGCGGAUCACGUGACCCUUUUGUACUCGAGGGUCAGCAACGUAGGGCUAUGAACGGAUUACUUCGCCUUGCCGGUAUUUCAUAUGGUGACAUUCUUAUCAUGUCAGAUACUGAUGAGAUACCAAGCCCACAGACUACAAAACUAGUACAAUGGUGUGAUGGGGUGCCGCCUGUAAUGCAUCUUGAGCUCAAGCACUACAUGUACUCAUUUGAGUUCCCUGUGGACUACAGCAGCUGGCGGGCCUCAGCACACAUCUACGGUCCGCAUACCCUCUACCGGCAUUCACGCCAAACUGAUCUUCUCCUCUCCAACGCCGGAUGGCAUUGUAGCUUUUGUUUUCGGCGCAUUCAGGAGUUUGUGUUUAAGAUGACCGCUUAUAGCCAUGCAGAUCGUGUGAAGCGGAGAGAAUUUUUAGAUCAAUCCAGAAUCCAGAAGUGCAUUUGUCGAGGAGAUGAUCUCUUUGAUAUGCUACCUGAAGAGUACACCUUCCAAGAGUUGAUUAAAAAGAUGGGACCAAUACCUCGUUCAGCUUCUGCAGUUCAUCUUCCUUCCUACUUGAUAGAAAAUGCUGAUAAGUUUAGGUUCCUUCUACCGGGAGGGUGUGUAAGAACACCGGAGUGAAGGUUUCAGGCCAGCCAUAUUUUAGAUUUUAGUACAGUAUGGAGCUUAGGUUUCAUCAGAGACGUCUUAAUGCCUUGAAGUUUCUGACGAUGUGAAAGAUGUAGCUUUCACUCCGGACGUAUGCUCUUGACCAACUAGCGUUAGCCUGAAUAGUUUUUUUUAACGUAAAUUAGUGGGCUACAAAAGGAUGAUGCCCUUUGAUCUAAACGAAAUCCUCCCUUUAUAGAUGAGUUUUUCCAAAUAACUUGUAAUGUUGAAGGUAUAUGACUCAGUUUUUUUUCGUGUAUAUUUCACUCCAUCUCCAAUUAAUAUGAGAGCAUACGUACCUUUCAGUUUUGCAUAA